GUUUUGGCCGUACGGUGACGUUUUAAGGCAGGUCCUGGUCAAACCUACCAAUGAGACGAGUCGGCUCUAUUCUGCUGGGACUGAUCGCAAUGAACGGGUGUCCGAGCUAUACAAGGCAAAGGAGCAUCCACAGUAAGACGCGGCUAUUAAGGGGAUGAGGCAUCGAUACGCGGGAGCUGUCUAUCAGCACCAAAUCCCCGACGAAGAGCGAGGCAGCGUGCAGAACCAAGACCCAAACCCAGUCGCUCCAGUUUUCAGUCUGCCGCCCCCUCCUCCGUCUUUCAGAGAGCGUUCGACUACCACCUCGCACUACCUGAACCACCACCAACUGCCUUGUCUGAGCAAGCCCUCUCGAAGAGGUAUCCAUGCCUGUCAGCCGCAGCACGGCGACCCCCCGCCUCUGACAAGCUACGACAUCGCCCAGCGACCUUCACACCAGGUCUGUGAACCCGCCGGGCAGCCAGCGCACCUACAGCAGAACCUUUGGGCCGCAGCCGCUUCCCAGCCGCAGUCGGAGCAGCCUUUUUUUCAGAGCUACCAUUGCAAUUUUUCCGAGGAGGCGAGCCUUUCUCACCAGCGCCAGCGCCAACCCCUCGCUCACCCGCCGCAGCCCUCCCCGUCUUUGCCGCCGUCGUCCUCUCUGCUGUUUUUGCAGGAAUCUAAUCACGGGGAUAAUUUGCAAAGCAGUGACAAUUAUCAACAGGCGAGCAACGUGGAACGCUACCGGGGAGGAGAAGGAGGAGGGCACCGAGACCAGAAGCAGUUGUUGCAGCAACAGCAGCAGCAGCACAGCAGACUCCAACACAGGGACCCCUCCCCUGAAACAACCCGAGCAAACUCACAGAAGGGGCGCACUAUAAAUGUAUGUGAGUCAAUCGAGGCAAAUCGGAGAGCAUUCGAGUCCCAGACUCAGGACCUGCAGCAGCUACAGCAACUCCCACAAUUGCGAGCUCAACAACAGCUACUGGUGGGGAGCAGCUUCCCUGUAUACUACUGCGCCAACGGUUCAGGAGAGCUCUGUCGGAAUAACCAGGCAACACUGCUGCAACAGCAUCAGCAAGACGCACAGGGGCGUCCGCAGCACUGUGACCAAGACCGCAAUAAGCCAAGUAGGACAAACCAAGCCAACCAGCCACAGCACCCCAACCAGCCACAGCACCCCAACCAGCCGCAGCACCAUUGCCGCGACUCUCGUGUAAACUCACCAACGCAGCCGUACGGAGGGAACACGUCUGCGACUGGCAGUAGCAGCAAGAGCAGCCCUAACUACGGCUCCAGCUAUCACCUGUGGCCCGAGAGCCCGCAUAAGGGAGAAGAGAGGAUACUCAUCGAUCAUCAUCAGGCAACCACUGAGCAAAAGAAGCUGAGCCAUGCUGGAUCCUCCCUCUCCGAGAGCAGCGGCCGACUCCCUCAGAUAGCCAUGAACACCUGCAAGCACAAUGGCGGCGUAGUGAGACCACUGGGCAGCCUGGCGUCGUCGCGGCGCAACCUAGCAGAGCUCGACUCCGAAACACAGCCCCUCCAGACGCUGCACAGUUCUGGCCUGGAGGUGGUUGUUUCCAAGGGAAACAGUGAGGACCCCGGCAAGGCGUCCAACGAGAGCCUGGUCAGGGACGGGAACGGUGCUCCUGUGAAGAAGAACAAAGACAUCGGCUAUAGACUCGGCCACCGGAGGGCGCUCUUUGAGAAGCGAAAGAGACUCAGUGACUACGCACUCAUCUUCGGGAUGUUUGGGAUUGUCGUCAUGGUGACGGAGACGGAACUGUCCUGGGGAGUUUACGGCAAGGAAUCUUCGUACUCAUUUGCACUGAAAUGCCUUAUCAGCCUUUCCACUGUUAUAUUGCUUGGUCUUAUAAUAAUGUACCAUGCCCGGGAAAUCCAGCUGUUCAUGGUGGACAAUGGGGCGGACGACUGGAGGAUAGCCAUGACGUAUGAGCGCAUCUUCUUCAUCGUGCUGGAGCUGCUGGUGUGCGCCAUCCACCCCAUCCCGGGCCAUUACCGCUUCACGUGGACGGCGCGGAUCGCCUUCACCUACACGCCAUCGACGGCCAAUGCCGACGUGGACAUCAUCCUCUCCAUUCCCAUGUUCCUGCGCCUCUACCUGAUCGGCCGCGUCAUGCUGCUCCACAGCAAGCUCUUCACGGACGCCUCGUCGCGCAGCAUCGGCGCCCUCAACAAGAUCAACUUCAAUACGCGCUUCGUCAUGAAGACCCUCAUGACCAUCUGCCCCGGCACCGUGCUGCUUGUCUUCAGCAUCUCCUCCUGGAUCAUUGCCGCCUGGACGGUGCGCGUCUGCGAGAGGUAUCAUGACACACAGGAAGUGACCAGUAACUUCCUGGGAGCCAUGUGGCUCAUCUCUAUUACCUUCCUCUCCAUCGGCUACGGAGACAUGGUACCUAACACGUACUGUGGGAAAGGCGUAUGUCUGCUUACAGGGAUCAUGGGAGCGGGCUGCACUGCGCUGGUGGUCGCCGUGGUAGCCAGGAAGUUGGAGUUGACCAAGGCUGAGAAGCAUGUCCACAACUUCAUGAUGGACACACAACUCUGCAAACGAGUAAAGAACACAGCUGCCAAUGUACUCAGGGAAACAUGGCUCAUCUACAAACACACGAAGCUGGUCAAGAAGAUAGAUCACGCUAAGGUGCGCAAACACCAGCGGAAGUUUCUACAGGCCAUCCAUCAACUACGCAGUGUAAAGAUGGAGCAGAGGAAACUCAACGAUCAGGCCAACACGCUAGUGGACCUGGCGAAGACCCAGAACGUGAUGUACGACCUGGUGUCAGAGCUGCAGGAGCGCAGCGAGGAGCUAGACAAGCGCAUCGGCAUGCUGGAGGACAAGCUGGACUCGGUGACGGGCAGCCUACAGGCGCUGCCCUGCCUCAUCUCCCAAGCCAUAACCCAGCAGCAGCAGGAAUUUCUGGACGGUUUCCUGCACCGCUUCCGGCCUGCCUCGCUGGGCUCAGAGCGCUCCGAACGCUCAGAGCGCUCCUGGACCUCCACCGCCCGCCGACGCCGCUCGCCCUCCACGGCGCCACACACCUCCUCUGACAGCGGCUAGCCCUUGAACCUGCCCUAAACCGCACCACCCCAGACUACAACUUCUCCUUUGGAGCCCCAUAGCGUUCCCCUAACCCCCCUGCCUUCGCAUCCAAAAACAAACACCGCUGUGACUGAACUCCCAGGGCAGGACUGGACUGGAAACUGCUCCAAUGCGAAUGAGUGAAAACUUCGACACAUCCUCUAAACAACAACCUAAAUGACUUAAACCGAGACAAGUAGAGAUAUGGUUUAUUUUUUAGCCAUUGUAUGGCUGUUCAAGUUAGCUUUUUUUGUAAAAGCCCUUGUAUAGUUAAACUGACUGAGUUCAGGUUCGCUGGGGUGAGAGCUGGCUAUCACACCUGGGUGGGGUGGGGGGGCUGCGUUGAGGACAGAGGACACCUGCGUCUGCACGGAGGGAAACUUAAAAACGGUGGACAUUUGCCUUUGUUUUCCCCGUAAGUCAAGGUGGCGGUUUAAGAGGGCCUCUGAAAGCUCUGACGUCAGUUCAGUAUUGAAACGCACUUAAAGGGAGGGGGAGGGGAGGGGGUUCAUACAAAAGGAGAGCAAGGGGAAUGCACAUGACAUUACUACUGAGUAGGAAAAUUUACACGAAUGCCAAUUUCAAAGUUUCAGUUUCCUUGUUCUUACCAAGGGAAAGUUGAGUGCGACUAUCUUUUUUAGUUACAUAUUGACAUGAUUUUUCAGUGCCUGAAUGUACAAAUAGUAGAGGGUUAUUUAAUUACUAAUUUCAGAGCAAGUUUUUUUAAUGAUGUUAACACUCUGAAUACAAGCAUUGCAUUCCUUUUUCAGAUACAUUCCUCUUCAAAAACUCAAAGAAAUUGUCUUAAUGUAAUGCAUAACAUUGCCUCCAUUACACAAUAUCUCUAAAUGUUUUGAAAACUUUUUUCCCUCUUUUUCUACUUAUACUAACCACUAAAAUCUGAGUAGGUCAGAGAGAAAGACGAGUGAGAAUGUCUGAGAGAGAGAGUUCACAUCAAGCUCGAUGCUGUGCACUCAUGCUCACGCAAAACUAUGAAAUGUAGUCUACCUUUUCCAUCACUACAAAUCAGAGCUUCCACAGGUCUUCAGAUAAUGGCAUGGCUCAAAGUCUGCUGGUAAAUAGCGACAGGCACUGACCGAACUGAGAAACCAAACCCACCCCUUGCAUGGUUCUGUGCAAAAAUGACGAUGGAGCAAAACCUUUUGGAUGGCUUAAAUUUACACUUUGAUUUUAUGCUACUUUAGUUGUAUUUUUUUUUUUUACUGAGAUUUCUUUUUUAUUAGGAAACUAGAAUUUCUAUAGUUGUAAAUCUAGAGAGUUUCAGUAAUGAGUUACUGUAUAACAAAUGCAUUCCCUGUUUUAAAAUGAAAUAUAUAUAUAUAUAUAUACAGUACAAGUCAAAAGUUUGGACACACCUACUCAUUCCAGGGUUUUUCUUGAUUUUUACUAUUUUCUACAUUGUAGAAUAAUAGUGAAGACAUCAACACUAUGAAAUAACACCUAUGGAAUCAUGUAGUAACCAAACAAGUGUUAAAUAAAUCAAAUAUAUUUUAUACACUCUUGGCAUUCUCUCAACCAGCUUCGUAAAAGGUAGUCACCUGGAAUGCAUUUCAAUUAACAGAUGUGCCUUGUUAACAGUUAAUUUGUGGAAUUUAUUUUGUUCUUAGUGCUUUUUGAAUCAAUCAGUUGUGUUGUGACAAGGUAGGGGUGGUAUACAGAAGAUAGCCCUAUUUGGGAAAAGACCAAGUCCAUAUUUUGGCAAGAACAGCUCAAAUAAACAAAGAGAAACGACAGUAAACAUCAUUAGUUUAGGGUCAGUCAAUCCGGAAAAGUUCAAGAACUUUGAAAGUGCAUUCGCAAAAAUCAUCACGUGCUAUGAUGAAACUGGCUCUCAUGAGGACGGCCACAGGAAAGGAAGACCCAGAGUUACCUCUGCUGCAGAGGAUAAGUUCAAGUUACCUGCACCUCAGAUUGCAGCCCAAAUAAAUGCUUCACAGAGUUCAAGUAAGAGACACAUUUCAACAUCAGAGGAGACUGUGUGAAUCAUUUAUAUCAUUUAUGGUCAAUUAUUUAUUUUUUACCAUUAUUUAACUAGGCAAGUCAGUUAAGAACAAAUUCUUAUUUACAAUGACGGCCUACCCCGGCCAAACCCGGACGACACUGGGCCAAUUGUGUGCCGCUCCUAUGGGACUCCCAAUCACGGCUGGAUAUGAUGCAGCCUGGUUUCGAAUGAGGGACUGCAGUGAUGCCUCUUGCACUGAUGCACUGAUGCAGUGCCUUAUACCACUGCGGUAUUCGGGAGUCCCAAUAUUACUGCAAGGAAACCACUACAAAAGGACACCAAUAAUAAGAAGAGACUUGUUUGGGCCAUGGAACACGAGCAAUAGACAUUAUAUCAGUGAAAAUCUGUCCUUUGGUCUGAUGAGUUCAAAUUUGAGAUUUUUGGUUCCAACCGCCAUGUCUUUGUGAGACGCAGAGUAGGUGAAUGGAUGAUCUCUGCAUGUGUGAUGGUGUGGGAGUGCUUUGCUGGUGACACUGUCUGUGAUGUAUCUAUAAUUCAAGGCACACUUUACCAGCAUGGCUACCACAGCAUUCAGCAGCGAUACGCCGUCCCAUCUGGUUUGCGCUUAGUUGGACUAUCAUUUCUUUUUCAACAGGACAAUGAUCCAAAACACACCUCCAGGGUAUGUAAGGGCUAUUUUACGAGGAAGGAGAGUGAUUGAGUGCUGCAUCAGAUUACCUGGCCUUCACCCAACCACAACCCAAUUGAGAUGGUUUGGGAUUAGUUGAACUGCAGAGUGAAGGAAAAGCAGCCAACAAGUGCUCAGCAUAUGUGGGAACUCUUUCAAGACUGUUGGAAAAGCAUUCCUCAUGAAGCUGGUUGAGAGAAUGCCAAGAGUGUGCAAAGCUGUCAUCAAGGCAAAGGGUGGAUACUUCGAACAAUCUAAAAUACAUUUAGAUGUUUUGGUUGCUACAUGAUUCCAUAUGUGUUAUUUCAUAGUUUUGAUGUCUUCUAAUAUUCUACAUUGUAGAAAAUAGUACAAAUCAAUAAAAACCCUUGAAUGGGUAGGUGUGUCCAAACUUUCGAGUGGUACUGUAUAUAUAAACAAGUACUAAAUAAAUACUUGGAUGGUUAUAGACAAAUUGGUUCACAGUACCAAGGUGUCCAAGAUACUCAUUACCUUGACCUCCUUCAAAAAGGUAAUGGAUCUCCCAUUUAAAAAAAAAACAUUUUUACGUUAUCACUCAAGAGAACACUGUAUUACGAUAUGGCUUUAGUAAGGAGAACAAACCAUGUCAGCAAGUCUGUUAGACGUUGUAGUCUGACUUCCUCCGACCAGUUGACCAAGUUUGUACCUGUAAGCGUCUGCCAGCGGGCAGGCUGUCCAGAGAGAGAGAGAGCUCUUGGUUUAAUAACAUGUUCAGGUUGAUGUGAAUUGGACUUAAUCAAGUGUGAAUCUUUUUCUUUUCUUUUUUUAAACUUGAUUUAAUCAAGCAUGACUCUUCUCCCCCCUCCCUCCAACUGAGGGAUAUCACUCCAUUACGUACAGUCUCUCUUUAAAUCAGUGUUGCACCUUCAAGAUGAUUGGAGGGCUACUCCAUUGUGCUCUCACCUGUUCCAAGCAUACCGGGGUUACCCUCCUUGUAUGUUUGAGAUUUAACUCCAUCUGUCAUCACCAAAAAUAAAAGCUCCACAAUGAAUGAUA